UUUUUCACAGCUCACAUAACCUUGCAUAUCAAAAUACCGUAUAUUUGUGAUGUAAUAGGUACAUGCCACGUGUGUUUAUUUAGCCAAUAUGGAUAGCACACAAAAACAUAUAUCAAUAACUAAAUUAACAAAUGCUGCGGACACUUUGAACAAUCUGUCCAGCUUUGAGGCUCGAAAACGACAAAAGGAUUUUGAUUUGUCAACUGGAAAUGUGAAACCGCAUUUUAAGCCUUGGCGUAUUUUCAUCAAUCAUAUUGACAGUUAUCAUGGAAAGAUAUUAUCUGAGAUACUGUCGGAUAUUAUCUACAUCGAUCCGCUAAGUAUACAUGCAGACACUCCACCAGACGGAGAAGAUGAAUUCGAGAACGAUGGCGACGAGUUUGUAGAAGGAAAUGAGAAAGAGAAAAGAAAGUGGCCGAGCAAGAGUGCAGAAGGUUCAAGAAAAUAUGAAGUUACUGGUACAGUUCUGGAUCGCAAGUACUCGUGUCCAGAGGACGUGAUAGUGGUCAACUCGGAUGACAAAGAUCUUCUUUUAUUUGAAUUAAUGACUUGCGGUAUUAUUAUCUACGAUAUUACACAAGAACCAGACCAGAUCAAGGAAGCAUGUUGGGUUUUGAAGGAGAUUAUUAACAUGUUGGAAAGUAUGGAAAAGAAAUCGCCAAAAGCUUUUAAACGAGAAGAGCCAACGCGACAUUUUAUUUUAAUUUCCACCAUAAUGACGUGGGCUUUCACGAAGCCGUUAGAUCCAGCAGAUCCAGAUUUACCAUUCACAGAAGCAGAUUAUCGAAAACGAAAACCUCAUCCGAAUUACAAGGAACACAUUCAAUGUGAGAGAGAAGUCGUGGCUGUGAAGAAGAUCAUUAAUUUAAAGAGCAAAUUACGAACGCUGAUUAUUUGCUGCGGUAUCACAUACGGCGAAGAGGAAGGUCCACUGCAUUAUCUCUUUAAAAUGGCAUGGCAAAAUGCGCCUUUCUUACCUAUAUUUGGCAAAGGGCGAAACAAGAUACCUUUUUUACACGUUCGUGACUUGGCCGCAACUGUAUCCUCAGUAUUACAAAAUUGGCCUCCGGUGAGAUAUAUCGUGGCAAUAGAACGGGAAUUAAUCUCUCAAAAUACGAUUGUUAAGCAAAUCAGUCAGGGCUUAACUACCGGUAAUGUAAAAAGUGUAUCAAAAGAAAAAGCUCUUUCGUUGCCGGAAGUGUCACAGCAAGUGUAUGAUCAAAUGACAGUGGAUUUGAAUAUCGAUCCUGUGUACAUCAUUGACCGAAUACGCUGGUAUUUUGAGAUGCCAUUUCGAGACGUUGUAGACAUAGUCAUAAAGGAAUAUAAAACAGCGCGAAAUCUACGCCCAGUGAAAAUAGUCGUUCUUGGUCCGCCAGCAUCUGGGAAAACACGGGUUGCUCGAUAUCUCGCAGAUCAUUAUGGAAUACAUUAUAUUCACGUGAAAACAUUGAUUUCCGAUGCAAUCCAAAAAUUGAUCGACGACAUUGAAGCUGUGGAAAAAGGUACAGGACAACAAGAUGACAUAAGGGAUACAGUAGAAAGCGCAGAUGACGAGAAUAAAAGGACUCAAGAAGAAGCAGAUGAUAAAAGAGAAGUCAGCCUAGCAAGAUUGCAAAAGGAGAUUGAUGAGAUCCGGUCCAACAUGGCAGCGAAUAAUGGCCGCCUAAACGAUACCAUCUUAAAUAAGUUGUUCCUAAGCCGGUUGAAUUCGAAGGAUUGUUUGAAUCAAGGUUAUGUGAUGGAUGGACACCCGAAGACCCUUGAACAAGCCAGGAAUCUAUUUUUUAUCAGCGAGGACGAUUUAGAAGAAAUCAAAGAAAAAUUCAUGGACGACAAUGUCGAAAUUAGAAAUGUUAAUACGGCAAUUCUACCGGAAUUGAUUGUCGUUCUGGAAGCGAGUGAUGAGUUUUUGAAGGAACGAAUCAUAAAUCGUCCAGAAAGGGAAAUACAAAAUACACAUUAUACGGAGGAGCACAUGCUACGACGCAUGGGAGAAUACAGGAAGAGAAAUACGGACGAUAACACGCCAUUACAAUUAUUCGAUGAAAUGGAAAUCCAUCCACUUAUCAUCUCUGUGGAAACUGACACUUGCCCGGAUAUGUUUCCUACGAUUUAUCGGUGCCUGGAAAAAUUAGGAAAACCAAGAAAUUAUGGACCAACAGCUGAGGAAAUGGAAGUUGCUCGAAAACGCGCUGAAGCGGAAACACAAGCUGCUGAAGUGGCGGAAGAAUUGCGAAAAGAGCGAGAAAUUUUGGAAUGUAAAAGACAGCGUGAAAAGAAAAUGAUGGAAUGGACAAACCUGAUGGAGAAGUUGAAAUUAGAGGAGGAGGAGAGACUUUGUAUUUUAGCAGAACCAUUACACCAGUAUCUGAUGAAGUACGUUUUUCCAACGCUAACAGGAGCUUUGAUAGAAGUAGCAAAGUUACGACCGGAGGAUCCAAUAGACUUUCUGGCCGAGUAUUUAUUUAAAAAGAAUCCCGAAGGAAGAAUGUUUGAGCCGGAUUAUACGGAAACAAUGAGCAUGCUCUUGGAUGCUAUUGGCCGACAACAAAAUGAUGUCCUUCCAAGGGAAGGAUUGGAAGCAGACAUAACACAAUUCCUCAAAAGGCAGGAUGAAUUAUCCACCGUGGACAAAAUAAGAAAAAGCGGAAUGCAAGACGCGGACAGAAAGGUAGAUGCGGAUAGAAAGGAAGAUGCGACGUCGAUACUUGAACAGAAUUUUGAGUAUGAAAGAUUUGAUGAUUCUGAAAAGGAGGAAUUGGAUUCCACUGAACAAACUACCGACGAAAUCGAAAGCGAAGCUUAACGUAGAUAGCUUAAAAUAGAUAAUAAGAUAAUUUCUUAAUCUGGAUAUUUAAAAUGGUGCAAAU